AUGAAUCCAUGUGAUCAGGAAGAGGCUGACCAGCAUCCAGCGAGGGACUGACCAUGAACUUGUGACUCCUUCCAUUGCACCAAUAAUACUGAGAAGUGAUGCGCUCAGUUUAUGAAAGUUGAUUCGAUCUAAACCGGAUAGCUGAAUAGCAAGAAAGCCCGUGUGCCGACAACAGGUAAGUGAAAGUGAUUCCACCUGGCGGGAAAGUGCAUCACGCUGGCGAAUCUAACGGCGAAGGACAUCUUUUGGUGGAUCGAAGGAAUGCUCAUAUUCCAUUCCCAGGGCCCAGCAUGAUGCUUAUUGCAUUACACACGUAACAAGCCCUCGUGGAGUACUCUCCAUGACUACUUACAAAUUCACGUCAUUAUUUAUAUAACGACGAGGCAAAUCAAUGGAGGUCAGCGGUGAACGUGCAACGUACCCCCAACUCAGCUGAUUACGUGAGUGACAUCUCCCCCAAUUUAUCGGGGAUUCGUCAGACUUGAGACUUUAAUCACAUGCUCAUUAUCUACUGACGCACGGCGGCGGGGGAUUUAGAAUUAUAAAACCGAGAUAUCAAUGAGUUGAGGUGUCACGGCACCUUAAACCGCCUUUCUCGGUGGGGUUUUCCGGUGAUAUGCGGAAUGAAACUUGGCCAGCCGCAUCCGUCUUGAUGGAUGCGACUACCUCACGUUGAGCGGAACGUUGAACGGUCACUCUCCACUUCCAUCCUUCCAUCCGUCCGCCCCCUUUAAACUAGGGUGCAGCAUGUGUAACGAACGACAGUGCCGUCGUGAACUACCUAUCUGAUCCGUCUGCUCCGCCCACUUUGGUUAUAUGUACAAGAACGAGGCCUGACGUGACCAGAGAGCACAUUACAUCGUCAACUUUUCCAGAGCACAGUCCAUUACUGUCAUUACAUCUCUCCACUAUUGUCGCUCCAGUCGAACCGUUAAUAAAGAACCAAAUAUGGCAAUGUCAGAUUUCCGUCGCAACAAAUUGAUUUACGUCUUCAAGGCUUUUUUCGAUGUGGAUAACAGUGGCGCCAUCGAUCAACAAGAUUUUCGCCUGGCUGCCGAGCGCAUAUGUCGAGUGCACGGAUGGAGUGUGAACGAGGGCAAGGGCGCCCAAGUAUUGCAGCGACUUCUCGACGUCUGGGAGGCCCUUAAAAGAGCUGAUUCCGACAACGACGGUUCGGUUGAUCAAAAAGAGUGGUGUGCCAUGUGGGAAGCUUACGCCAAGGGCGAAACUGAUUACCAGGAAUGGCAGGACAAAUAUCGAGAUUUUUACUUUAGCAUUAUGGACACCUCAGGUGAAGGAACAAUUGAACUAGAUGAAUUUGCGGCAGUGAACAGACGUAACGACGUUUCGGACAAUGACUGCUCCGAAGCUUUUAAAUUGAUGUCCAAGGACAAUUCGGUUGUUGUGAAUUCGUCCACUUUCGCUCAACUGUGGAAUGAGUUUUUCACUUCGGACGAUCCUUCAUCCCCCGGAAAUUAUAUUUAUGGGAAAUUGAAGUUCUAAACUAAAGUUCAUGUGGCACAUAUCUAUAGUUUUUAACAUUCCAGUUAUAGAGAAACUGAAUAAUUCAGUUAAAUAUGGGAGGGAAUCUGCAAUGACCUUCUAUAAUUUACCACUUCUUCAAUUCAGAACUGGUAUGCCAUUUCUUUACCCUCACUUGCUUUAGAAGUUUUCUUACCUUUUUCUUGUAAUCCACUCCUCCCUAUCUUCCAAAUAACAUCCCCUGUGCUGCUGUGUUCUCCUUUGAUCAAUACAAAAUAAGGAAAAUGUUUCA